AUGAAUCAAUUCCCAUGCACAUUCCCACUUCAACUUCAAACCUUUCGAACCCUUCUCAAACAAUGCAUAGCCGAAAGAGAUUUCUUAACUGGAAAAUCCCUCCACGCUUUCUACAUCAAGUCCUUCAUUCCACACUCAACUUACCUCUCCAACCAUUUCACUCUCCUUUACUCCAAAUUCGGCACUUUUCCCAAUGCUCUAACCGCUUUCCACCUCACCAACUACCCUAACGUUUUUUCCUAUAACACCAUCAUCCAUGCUUGUGCCAAACACUCUCUCCUCCAUCUCGCCCACGAACUGUUCGAUCAAAUUCCCCAACCCGAUCUUAUUUCGUAUAACACCCUCAUUGCGGCAUAUGCUCGCCGAGGCGAGUGUGGGCCGGCGUUGAGGGUGUUUAAGGAAGUUAGAGAGGUUGGGUUGGAGCUUGAUGGAUUUACACUUUCUGGCGUGAUUUCGGCUUGUUUUGAAGAUGUUGGUCUUGUUAGGCAAUUGCAUUGCCUUGCUUUGUUGUGUGGAUAUGAUUGUUAUGCUUCGGUGUGCAACGCGGUUCUUGCUUGUUACGGUAGAUUGGGACAGUUGCACGAGGCGCGAUGGGUUUUUCGAGAAAUGGGGGAGGACUGUAGGGAUAUGGUUUCGUGGAAUGCGAUGAUUGUGGCGUGUGGUCAGCAUCGGGAGGGAUUGGAGGCACUAAGGUUGUUUGGGGAGAUGGAGAGGAUGGGUUUGGAGGUUGACAUGUUCACCAUGGCUAGUGUUUUGACCGCAUUCACUUGCCUUAAAGAUUUGGCUGGGGGAAUGCAGUUUCAUGGGAAGAUGAUCAAGAGUGGAUUUCAUAGGAACUCGCAUGUUGGGAGUGGAUUGAUUGACUUGUACUCCAAGUGUGCUCCUCAUGGAAUGUUGGAAUGUGUGAAGGUGUUUGGAGAAAUUCCUAAACCGGAUUUGGUUCUUUGGAACACCAUGAUUUCCGGAUUUUCCCAAUAUGAGGAUUUAUCUGAGGAUGCUCUUUUGACCUUCCGGGAGAUGCAGCGUAUUGGUUUUUGUCCGGAUGAUUGUAGUUUUGUGUGCGUAAUUAGUGCAUGCUCCAAUUUGUCGUCUCCCUCUGUGGGUAAACAGGUUCAUGCAUUGGCAAUCAAAUCUGACAUCCCAUGUAAUCGCCUUUCAGUUAACAAUGCCCUUGUUGCAAUGUACUCCAAAUGUGGGAAUCUUCAUGAUGCGAAAAGGAUAUUUGAUACAAUGCCGGAACAUAACACGGUAUCGCUGAAUUCAAUGAUUGCUGGUUAUGCACAGCAUGGUGUUGAGGUUGAAUCGCUCCGGCUCUUUGAACUAAUGCUGAGAGAGCAAAUAGUACCAAAUAACAUAACCUUCAUAUCUAUUCUUUCUGCAUGUGUACACACUGGAAUUGUCGAGGAGGGUGAUAAGUAUUUUAAUAUGAUGAAAGAAAAGUUUGGGAUUGAACCAGAAGCAGAACAUUACUCAUGCAUGAUAGAUCUUUUGGGUAGGGCAGGGAAACUCAAGGAGGCUGAGAGGAUUAUCGAGACAAUGCCAUUUAAUCCUGGUUCUAUUGAAUGGGCUACUUUGCUUGGUGCAUGUAGGAAGCAUGGAAAUGUGGAGCUAGCAGUGAAAGCAGCCAGUAAGUUUCUCGAACUGGAACCGUGUAAUGCAGCUCCGUAUGUAAUGCUUUCAAAUAUGUAUGCAAGUGACGGUAGAUGGGAAGAGGCAGCAAGAUUGAAACGGCUGAUGCGUGAAAGAGGAGUGAAGAAGAAACCAGGUUGUAGUUGGAUCGAGAUAGAUAAGAAGGUGCAUGUCUUUGUAGCUGAAGAUACUUCACAUCCAAGGAUAAAAGAGAUUCACAAGUACAUGGGGGAGUUAUUAAGGAAAUUGAAGCAAGCAGGGUAUGUAGCAGAUAUAAGAUUGGCAUUGGUGAAAGAUGAAGAGGUAGAAGCAGAAGAGAAAGAAAGAAGGUUAUGGCAUCACAGUGAGAAGUUGGCAAUUGCUUUUGGUCUGAUCUCCACUGAAGAAGGUGCACCAAUACUUGUUGUGAAAAACCUAAGAAUCUGCAGUGAUUGCCACAAUGCUAUCAAACUUAUAUCAGUCAUUUCUGGUAGGGAAAUCACUGUUAGAGAUACUCAUCGGUUUCAUUGCUUUAAGGAAGGGCAGUGUUCAUGCAGGGAUUAUUGGUGA